AUGGACACGGCGCAGAGCGAGCCGUCGUUGCACGUCGACAGUGAGUCGGCGCAAGAUGUCUCUUUGCCUGUGCCGGGGCGUCCGUCUCUGACGACCAAUGUAUCGGAUCCCCCCCACCUGCAAGAUUUCCAAAGCCCGGCGAGGCAGCACAAGCGACAGCCAAGCGCCCACCAUGAGGUCAAGGAAACUCUGGAUGCUCGCGUGGAAUAUGCCGGCGAUAAUUAUGACAGCAGUACCUAUCACAAAAUUAACCAGUACACCAUCGUUGAGGAGGUCGGGCGUGGGUCGUACGGCGCCGUCCAUUUGGCGACUGACCAGUUUGGUAAUGAAUUUGCCGUUAAGGAGAUCUCCAAAUCACGUCUGCGCAAGCGUGCGCAGUCCCAAAUCCUGCGCCGUAGCCCUCAAGACCGUCCCAGACGGCAGCCCCUGCGGACUCGCAGCGACGGCAAGGUCCUGACGCCGCAGCUUGGUGGUGAGCAGCCCGGCGGCGAGCAGCCCGGCGAAAAGGGGGAUAUCUUGCAUCUCAUUAGAAAAGAGGUCGCUAUCAUGAAGAAGUUGCACCACCCCAACCUCGUCCAGCUUAUUGAGGUGCUGGACGACCCUCAGGAGGACUUACUUUAUAUGGUUCUUGAACUGUGCAAGAAGGGAGUUGCUAUGAGGGUUGGUCUUGACGAUCACGCAAAUCGAUAUAGCGACACCGUAUGCCGCUAUUACUUUCGCGAUCUUAUACUCGCUAUUGAAUACUUGCACUCACAAUCUAUUAUCCACUGUGAUAUUAAGCCCGAUAAUUUUCUCGUUACAGAAGACGAUACUCUUAAAGUUAUUGGCUUUAAAGUUUUAGAAAUGUUUGAUAAGCCUAGUGGCAUGAAGAGUAAAACGUCGGCUGGAUCACCCGCAUUCCUAGCACCGGAGCUGUGCAGCCCGCAUAGAGAGGUCUCUAGCACUGCUGCUGAUGUCUGGUCUAUGGGUGUUUGCUUGUACUGCUUUCGAUAUGGCCGGAUUCCUUUUAAUCGCCCGAGCGUGCUGGAUAUGUACCACGCGAUCCAGACGGACGAUCCGAGCAUCCCGGAUGACGAGGAUCUAGUGUUUGCCGACGUUUUAAGACGAUUGCUUGAAAAGGAUCCAGAAAAGCGCAUCACGAUAGAUGAGCUUAGAGAACAUCCGUGGAUUACAAAAAAUGGUACAGAGGGCCUGCUUUCUCGAGCAGAAAACUGCGCGCACAAGAUUGAACCCCCAAAUGAGCUUGAAAUCAGCCAAGCAUUUACGAGCAAGUUGGACAAUGCCUUUGCUGUUCUUAAGGCCAUCGACAAGUUCAAAGCGCUUCUCUCAGACCGACGCUCAACGACGCCCACUGUCACGGCGGCGGUCGAGGAAGCCACCUUCGACCCGGCCGAGGAGAAGGCCCGCGCCGAAGAGAUCGAGCAACUGCUCGCGCAAAGGCGGCAGGUCCUCAGCGAGAGAGCUUGGCCUAGCCACGAUAGCAGCAACGAUGAUGGCACCCCGGAUAGCGAGGGCGAAGGGCAUACUAAAGACAUUGGCGAUCAGGAUCCGCUCUAUUUGGGUAUCGGCACAGGCUCUGGACAAGCCUUCAACGUCGACGAGGAGACGGGUGAUGUCGUUGCCGAUUCGCCGAGCGCAGUGGACUACAACAUCUACGACCGAGCCUACGAGCAGGCCAUCAAAGACCGGCUGGAGGCGAAUCCAUCGGCGCCCCCCAUCAUGUAUCUGACCAAGUUUGUUAAAGAGACGGAUUACCUUAAGGCCACUGGGAAUAUCGUCGAGAACGCAAUAUGUUCUUCCACGGCCAUUAAAGAGCAGAUGAGCGAAACGGGAGAACACCUCUACGACCACUUCUCAUCCCCGUCGACGACCAAGCUUGCCAAGCUGGUGGGCGGGAUUGGGCUGUCCGAUCCGUCGUCUGCUGGGCCGCCCGCAGAGGUUGACAGUAGCAGGUUGGCGACGAUGCUGAAGGCUGAACUUGGCAAGUCCGACGGUGCUGAGAAGAAAGACAGCAAGCCCGCCGAGGCCAAGCCCGCCGACCGACGGGAGCUACCUAUCAGGAUGAUGCAAGAUCUCAAAAAUCUCAAUAUUAUGCAAGAUCUCAAAAAUCCGGACUCGAGUAGCGAAACGUCCCGCGAGGAGGAAGACGAUAGCAACGAAGCAUUCUACAAGUGGCAACAGCAUAUGCGUCGUCGACGCGUUAGUCUCUCUGGCAGUAUCAGCAAACGCACAUUUAGCGAUCGUAGCGACUCUGACGACUUUGACGACGGCCACCUCGACAUCAAUGAAAUUAACUCCAGUGCCCGUUGCCUAAGGAAGCGAAAGGAUCACGAAAGCUUGCUCUUCCAGGACCCGCAUGAGCCUCGGACCAACGAAGAACGUGAGCUGACAGUGGCACUGAAGAUUGGCGACGAAGAAGAUUUGACCAGCAUUCUGGAAGACGACUUUCGUGGCAUUGCGAAGGGAGAUUAUGCAUGGCUUAUGGAACUCGACGAGCUUGGGUACACUUACAGUGAGGUUGCCGCCGUCUUGCUUGAAGAGGCAAGCGACACUCCUUGGAUCUUUUUCAAGCCCGCCCCUCAGCACGACCCCAUGCUCGUCGUCAAUUUCCAGCAGCACCUGCCCGGCUGCGUUCAUCAGAUUCCUUGGCCCUCAAAACAUGCAGAUGAAAAUUGGCAAAUAUCUGCCAGCGGUCAAUCGAAUAGACAGUCCGACGCUAUCUCGCAGAUCCAGACACUCUGCGGCUUGGCAGGUAUCAGUCCAUCGACGCGGGAGCCGGAGGAUUGGAAUGGGACAGUCGUUUUUGAAGACAACAUGGUCGCGUCGGUGACGUAUGCACAUGAAAACGUGUCAAGGGUGCUUUUAAAAGUCAAAAAUAUUCUCGGACUGUUCUUGAACGCACUACACUGCGCUCAAUCUGCAGGUCUUUGCUGCCAGUCCUUUACUAUCCUUCGACAAGAAACCCGAUCAUUGGAAACAACUCAAGACUCUGUCAUCAAUUUAUCUCGAGUUGAAUUUAGCAAAGCAGAAGCCAUCUUAGACGAAGUUGGAAGCAUUGCUAAGGGAGAAGUUACGAAGGUUGCAGGUGUAUCCGCUACCUUAGCGUUUCUUACAGACAUUUUUCCAGGGGAAACUUUGUUUGACUCAGAAAACAGUUGUUUCCUCGACGACCUCCAUCGUUGUUGUUUGUCUGCGCAGAUUUUGACAGUCGGAUUCCUGUCCUAUAUACAGGCGCAUGCUGGACCGCUACAUCCAUAUUUCCUCGACACGCCCACUACUAAAAUCAAGCUCUUUGGUUUUAAAUCGUUGUCCAACCAGCCAAUCAUCGAAGUUGCAUUACGACGGUUGACUUGUCUUGGUGAUAUGCUCCAGAGUCCCGUACUUGUUUUCGGUACUGCUGAGUCGCCCACCAAGCGAGGAAAACAAGCGGUCACAGCCAGCGAAGUGAAAGACGAUGUUCUGGCUAGUGCCGAAGAUUUAAUUGACACGUGGGGCCCAGCCCAAUUCAUUGUAACCCCUAAUAGCAACAGCAACAAGAAUCACAACAACAGCAGCAGUAGCAAUGGCAUGCAGCCAUCGGCAAUCAGCAUAUGUGGAGGAGUAAUCUUUAUGGCAGAACAAGUGAGCAACAGGUUUCAUUGGAGCAAGCAGGUUUCUCCAGAAGAGUUUUGCCAUGGGUUCUUGGAUCCCGCGGUGAAGAUUAGAAUCGGGUCUCCUGUCACCGUCAACAAGACCUGCCAGCUUGAUACGAAACGAUGUCGAGCUCAUGCGACUUCACUCGGGUUUCUGUCGCCAUUGGGUACGUAUGCACCCGCAUGGGCGCUGGCAGAGAAGCAAUUUGGCAUACAAGCCGGGCAGUACGCCGUGGUGCAAGCAAACGCUGCAUAUCAUCGGUUCCCAGGUCGGACUUUGAAACAAUAUCGCUUAGAGCAAGGGGACGAAGAGCUAGUGCCCUUCCUAGACGACUGCUGGGCAGUGCAAGUCAGUCUCUGCACGGGGGUGGCGCGACGCGUGCCACUGCGGGAGAUGGUGGCCGACCUGCUGCCUAUCUUCGCGAACAAUUUAACAUUUCGCGACGACUAUGACAAUUGGGUGUGCCUGACAAAAGAUAAAGGCAUUAUAGAAGCCUUCCGGGGCAAAAGUCUCCGGCCGUGGCUGCGGACGCUCUCCCGGCCACACCACGACCUGGUUCUGCAGAUGGUUCGACGCAUUCUCCACACGCUCAGCGAAACUGGCCUGGAUAGGGAGGGAAAGUCGCUGUUGGUCUCAUGGCCGUACGAAGACGACACGAGGCACUGUUUCAACGUCGAUCUGCGAAAACGCGAGUCAUCAUGGGCACGCCUCAUUGCCGACUGUGAGGAUUCGGCCAUCUUCGUGUAUGCGUCUCGCCACUGCCUUGAGACGGCUGAAUAUCGCUGCCGCGGCAUCGAGACGUGUCCCUGGCGCAACGUGGUUCCACUACUUGAGACGGUUGUCAUUAUUUCGAGUGCCAUCACCACUGUUGCGGCCGGCCCCGUGCAGCUCGUUCCAGGCGACCGGCUGAUCCACAAGGAGAUGUAUCACUUUAGGAAGCUUGGCGACGUGUACUUUGUACGGGCUGAGCAGCCAGAUUCUAACGCCGUAGUCAAGCUUGUGCGAAAGCCGAGUAGCAUACCCUACAGAUUCAAGCAGAGGCUGUUUUCUAAGGCGCAGCUUCUACGCGAGCGUGAUACGAGUGCUGAGGCGGGCAAUGUGGCCUGGUUUAUAGCAGGCUUCUAA